AUGGUCGAAAACCAAAGCAUAACAGUCAGAGACAUAACCCUCGAUGAAAAGCCUUUUGCUUCCGGAGGAUUUGGCAAAAUCUACAAAGGAACGCUCAAGAGAGGCGAUGAGUCGAUCACCGUUGCGGUCAAACAGAUUGCGAUAAAUCCUCGAAUCCAAGAUGAACUUUCCGCCCUGGAGCACCUCAGCCAGCCAGUCGUAGUAAAGUAUUAUGGGAGCUACUACAAUAAUGGAUUGUAUUAUCUGGUGAUGGAAUACUGCAAAUAUGGCUCCCUACGCGACUACAUGAAAACCACGAAAAGACAGAUGCACGAUCUAUCAGCAUUCCACGUUUUGCGGCAGCUAACUUCCGUCGUUGGAUAUCUACACAGCCAGCAGAUAGUUCACCGAGAUAUUUCGCCGGGAAAUAUAUUGAUUAGUCGCAAGGAGCAAGUUGACGGUUAUGAAAAGCUUCAGAUUAAACUCUGUGACUUUGGUCUCAGCAAGCAACUGGCUCCGGGAAAACAACUAAAGACGAUCGUUGGCACUCCUGGCUACAUGGCUCCGGACAUGGUUACGGCCUAUAAUCGUGCAGUGGACGUUUAUUCGAUGGGAUGCGUGCUCUAUUUUAUGCUUUCAGGUAUUGAGCCAAGAGAUCGACGAAUAACUUCGGCUGAUUUGGAGAGAGUGUUCAACCCAUCGGCCCGACGUUUGAUUCAAGGAAUGAUUGCUUCUGAACAAGAAAGAAUAGAACUGAAAGCAAUCGGUUUAAGUGAUUUCUGCAGAGAGUGCAGCGCAAAGAUUUCGAACAACGGACCCAAUUCUUGGUCGUCGCGCCAACAUGAACACGCGAACAGCGGGUUCAGGGGAUCACAAGAGUUUCGUCAGAGGGAAGAGAACGCCCCAAGAUCUAGACGACGAUCAGUUGAAGCCCUUCGUGCGACGUGUAGGGAUCCUUCCGUUGAAUCGCGACUAAGACGUUACCAAGGCCCAAAAGAAAGUGGAUAUAUCAGCGCGCAAAGCGAUCAGCAUCAAACUCGAAAUCAGACGAGGUCUACGUCGACCAGACUGUUUGAAACAAGAAGAGAGCCAUCAAGAAGUUGCGUUUCCGAAGGGUGUGUGCCAAUUGCUCAAAAAAAGCCCACGACAUCAACAACAGUGACAGAUAAUAGCAAGAUAAAAUGGCCCUUGUCUUUUGAACAGUUUGAUGGAAUGGCUAUCAUCAGCAAAGAAGCUCGGUACUCUGUUCAAGGACCACAUUUUAUUCGCGAAGCGUUGAAUGAUGGGCGAGUAACUGGAGUAAUGAUCGUAACAAUUGGGAAUGACAAAGGACAAAAAGUAUCUUUCUAUCAGCCAAUUUCUAAUGAACAAAUAAUAAGAAGUCUUUCUGAUCCUCGAGCCAAGUAUGACAAGAAAACACUGGGAGAUUUUUACAACUUAGAAGAUCUAAGUGGUCUACAAUAUGAAAACUAUCGACGCUCUUUUCUGAGCCUGCAGGUGUUUACGACGAGAUCAGCCGUAGUGGUAGUAUGUCUACAUCCAGCCGAGUUUCCUGAUGGUAAAGCAGAAAUUCUGCAAAAUGGCGAUAGGCGAGUGGUUCUUUUAAGCGGAUCUAUUCUUUACGGAAGAUGUGGAAGUGGCACUAUUGAAGAUAGGAGCUUUGGAAGAAUCAAAAUAGUCAACGAUGGUAGAAUCAAGGAAAGUUUCUUCCACCUCUUCAGAGAACUUGAUGCUAUUGCAAAAUUAACGACAAUGCCUUUGCCUCCUUUGAAAAUAGCUGGAGCUUGUGACAAAAAUGACUGCAAAUGGUGCAACUCGGAAAAGGGCCAAACGAGAAAAGAGGAAUGCAGACCUAUUUCAACUGCACCAUCUUCCUUGAUGAAUUUUCAAGAACAUCAAGCGAGGCCAAUAGCUAAUAAGAAUCGUGUACCACUGCGUGAAAUGUCAACAAAUAAAAAUCGAGACGAAGAACAAAUGGAAGUGAUCACCAAAUCGACGCCAGCUGGAGAGGUUCCAAUUGCAGUUUGGGGAAAGAAGACUCUCCGAAAAUCGACCAAUUCUGAUUAUUAUGUCUACAAGGCUGAAGACAAUAUUGAACGGAGGUUUAACUAUGGCGGUGACCUAAACAAAAUCACGGAUCCGGAUAUAGUGAAAAUGUUACGAUACUUGCUGAGAAGGGUCGAAGAAGGAAUU